CAGUAGGUGAGUGGACGAAGGAUUAACAACUGUGACAGUGGAUAUGGGGGAAGAGAAAAAGGCAAAUAGGCCGGGAUAGAGAGAAAAGGGAACCAGAUUGAGAGUGAGCGGGUUAAGGGGGAAAGGAAAAGUGAAAGAUCCAAAAGUACAGCAACUAAGAGUCCACUUGGAGCGAGGUCUGAGCUGUUGUAUCUGGAAUUGGGUGGACCUGUCGCUAGAAAUACUUCCCAACAUCCAGCAGGACAGCUACCAUGUACAGUGGAUAUGGAGAAUGGUGUGGGAGAGUGAGGCCAGAGAGCAUCAAACAAUAGGUGUGGUGUCAUGGGAGGCUGACUGUGUGGCACAGAGCCCAGUGUUUAUGUGAGAGCAUCAACAACAGAGGAGAUGGUGUGACUGGAACCUGUGGUUAUCAUUGGGCAGGACUGGACCACUGUGUGUGGAUCAGGGAGUCCAUCCCGAACUCUCUCCACCAUGUCGCUAUCUGUUCGCCCAUCCAGACGCCUCACCUCCACAUCUAUCACUAGGAGUCAGAGCUUCACUGGAGUCAACACCCACGACAAGCCCUACAGGAACCUCUCAGUGUUCAGCACUCCAGGUCUCAGCAGGAAGACCAGCAGAGCCAGCAGGAUGUUUACCUUGUCCACCAAAUCCAACCCCCCACCUAAGGUCCCUCAGCCUGAGCGACUGGACCAGGUCUAUGAGGCGCUGAAGAAAGGCCUUCAGUCUUACCUGCAGGUUCAUCAGAUGGACUGGGACAAUCUCAGCAGAGAGAUGAAAGAAUCAAAGAGGAACUCCAGACUGGGUUUCCUGUAUGAGCUGGACAAGCAAGUGAAGGUGACUGAGAGGUACAUAAGACGACUGGAGUUUCACCUCAGCAAGAUUGACGAGCUAUAUGAAGCCUACUGCCUGCAGAGGAGACUCCGAGACGGAGCCAACAAGAUGGUGAAGGCUUACACUGGCUCUCAAGGCAGCAAGGAGGCCAGGGAGAGUUUAGCAGAAGCCAAUAAAGGAUACAAAGAGUACACAGAGAACAUGUGUGUGUUGGAGAGCGAGUUGGAGAACCAGCUGGGGGAGUUCCACAUUAAGAUGAAAGGUCUGGCUGGAUUUGCUAGAUUGUGUGCUGGGGACCAGUAUGAGAUCUUUAUGAAGUACGGUCGGCAGCGGUGGAAGCUGCGUGGCCGAAUAGAGAUGAAUGCCAAACAGGUGUGGGACAGUGAAGAGAUGGUGUUUUUGCCGCUCGUCAGUGAGUUCCUCUCUGUGAAGGUGACAGAGCUGAAGAGCUUAGCCAAUCACGUGGUUGUAGGAAGUGUUUCCUGUGAGACUAAGGACCUGUUUGCUGCACUCCCCCAGACGGUUGCCGUGGAUAUUAAUGACCUCGGGACUAUUAAGCUGAGCCUCGAAGUCACCUGGAAUCCAUUUGAUAAAGAUGACCAGGGCUCAGUGGCAAGCAGCGUCAACAAGGCUCCGACCGUCAGUAAGAGACUCUCAACCAUCUUCAACCAGAGUCCGCCUGACACGCCCUCUUUACGUGAACAAGCCUUCUAUAACAUGCUCCGCCGCCAUGACGAGUUAGAGAAUGGAACAGCUUGGUCCAAUUCAUCGGAGUCUUCUGACGACUCCUCCAGUCCUCGGCUUUCUGUCGGAGGGCUACGCAACUCUACGCAUCCAAAGGCAGUGGUGGUGACACCAGACAUCCAGCCGGCUGUAAGCGGAAGUUCCUCCCCACAGCCCGACAUCUCAUUUUGCCCCAGAGACUCCUCGUCCUUAACUCCAAACUCUCCCUACAGAGUCAGCACCGUCAGUGAGGCUCCCAACGCGUCCACACACCAAGCACACAGCAACAGGGAAGAGGAGAAGGAGAAAGUCAGUGUUAAGACCAAACCUGACAGCAAGGAAGAGGACACCGCAGUGCCUGCGGUGGUGACCAACAGCCAUGCCUCGCGCAGCUACUCGCGCUCUCUGAGCCACAUCAGCGAAAGCAGUGCUGAUGGCGUCGUGAUGGUGGACAGGUCCGCAGAGUCCGGAGAGGUGAUGUCUUUGGCCUCUGGGCUCUCCAUCACUGACAUUGAAAUGGAGAUGCUCAGCAGAACUCCUGAGCCGCCCGCCUCUGCUGCUGCGGACCUGUUGCCGACCAGGCUCGGCUUCGUAGAGGAAAACCCAACAGGCGACAUUGUCCCAGAUCAACGUCAACACAGGAAGCAGCGGGACACAUCCAGCCCUGUCCGAACAUCCUCCUCCCCCGGGACCGAAGCAGUGGACCCUAACACUCCAUCACAAAUGAACACACACACAGAGCGAGAGUGCAACACACGCCCAGAGAGCGGGGAUGAGACGUAUGUAGCCCAGCGGGUGUCGGUGGAGGAUGAGGAGAUGCCAGAUGGUGUGUCCGAAGAGGAAGGUGUUCUGGUGGACAGCGGGCUAGAAGACGCCCUGGCAGCGGUCGUUUCCUCUCUGGAUGAUUACAGAGGACAGUUCCCCGAGUUACAACUCCUGGAGCAAGAGCUGAAGCUGCUGCAGGUUACACUCAAGGGCGGCAGGCACAGCCACUCACCCAGCAUGGCCAGCCUUACCGUGGAAACGGCGCUGGGCAGCUUCGACUUCCUCAACACAUCGGACUGGGAGGAGGAAGAGGAGGAGAAGGGCGACCAGAGGAGUAGAAACAUCAGGUCUCUGCAGGACAGAGGCUGGGAUAACCCCUCCACCCCCCUCACCACAGGCUGCACCACUUUAGACUGCUCCCUAGUGGUCCACCUGAAGAACUGCAGCACACAGCUGUUGUGUCUGGGUAUGUUUGGUCCGCUGCGGUGCGGAGAGAUGUACGCCUUGGACCGACUGCUGAGAGAGGCUCGAGUCCUCGAGAUCAUCCGACGCAUCGCCAAGGACAACCCGAGACGCUUCAGACAUCCUGCUGAAGUGAUACCACAGCUGGGCCUGUGCUCGGGGGCUGUGUCACUAUGGCAACAGUGUGUGGGGCAGGGCAGUGUGUACAGCGUCUCUGCCAACAGCUUCCUGGUUACGCUGUCUACAGUCUACCCCAGAACACUUCCUGAGAGGGCCAGCAACAUGGCCGACACAGUGUUCCAGUGUUUGGUUGAGCGAGUGCUGGAUCAGAAGUUACCACGGCGCAGCAGAGACGGAGUGAUGGUGACGCUGUUCCAGCUGUGGAGCUACCUAGAGGCCAACAGCAUCAGUGACAUGGAAACACACGUCACUGAGCUAGCAGAAGAAGUGUGGUUGGUGCAGAGCCUGGCGUCGUGUGAGCAGGAUGUGAUCGUCCACGCUCUGCGGCGUCCUGCAGAGUGCAGCCUGAGGAGAGAAGGACUUCACGCUGUGGCCAGACUACUGAAGGACCCGCGAGGCAAAGUGUCGGCCUCUGCCAGCUCUGUGCUGAGGAGCCUGGCGGCCCAGCCCCGACAGAGAGAGCAGGCUUUGGUCAGCUGUUUGGAGCUGCUGGAAGAUGAGAAUGUGGACACCAGAGUCUGUGGCUGCAAGGCCUUAGCUUGUCUCAAGGCCAAAGAAAGUAUUGACCAGUUAGUGUAUCUGUGUCGCACAGACAAGGACGAAGUCCGCGAUGCUGCCAAACAAGCGCUGCUGGUGCUCGGAGAGGAGGGGAAGAUGGCGCACAGGCACGUGGAGACGUCUCAGGACAGCAUACCUAGACUCUUCGCUCCAGGAAGCAUGGCCAGCACAGCUUUCUAACACACACACACAGACACACACACACACACACACACACACACAGAACAACACAAUGUGAAUGUUGUGUUUUGGCAGUGCUUUAACACUAUGUCACAAUGAGAAUAUACAGCAGGUUGUUUCUUCUAUCGCCACUAAAACAUACAAGGACAAAUAUAGUGCAUGGUAUACAGUAUAUACACUGUCGGAGAGGUUGCAAUAAUACUCACAUUAAAGGGUAAUUUCGUUUUUUCUCAACAUGGACCCUACCCUGCGUUUGUGUGUAAGUGACUGAUGGGAACAACAAUCUUUGAAACUGGUCCAGUAUUAAGCGUGAAUG